CUGAGUGACAUCGGAAAAAUGGCGGCCGCUUGUGCGAAAUACAUUGAGGACCUGAUCUCAAAAUUAAACCCGAAAUCAGACUCCAAAACUAAAAAGUCUCUAAUUUCUUUGACAAAAAUGACUAAGGACAAGGAUAAUGUUGAUGUUUUUUGCGCAAAAGGUGGUUUGAAACGACUGGUAGCUCUUAUCCAACUGCCGAAUAAAACAAUCGCUGACAUGGCGUUAAGUGUGCUGGCCAAUUGUGCUCGUCAGGAACUAAGCAGAAGAGAAAUAAGGAGACUGGACGGAAUAGCAGUUCUUGCUGAAGUUCUAAAGAACAAUGUGAAAACCAGCAUUUUAAACAGGACAUCUAGAGCAUUAGCCAACAUGGCAGAAGAUGAGCUUAGUGUACAGGUCAUGGAGGAGCUUGGAGUUAUUCAUGAACUUGUUAAGCUUUUAACAAAGACAUCUGAUAGUGAUUGCCAACAGUCCAUCAUAAGAGCAUUGAGGAUGGUGUGCACAAAUCCAGCUAGAAAACAGGCCAUAGUGGAUUUAGAUGCUGUUAAAACCAUCAUGGAAAUCUUGCAGUCCCAGAAGCCUUCACUUGUGAAUUGCUGCAUAAAAACUGUUGCAGAGCUUACCAAGGAAUGUAGUAAGGAAUUUGCUCAGCAAGUUCAAGAUUGCGGUAGUGUCAAAUACAUUGUUAAGCUAGCUAACAGUGAACUUUUACAAGUGAGGAACUCAGCCACUCUGUCCUUAGCAAACUUAGCCCAUCACGCUCAUGUGCGUGUUUGUAUAGGCAGUGAAGGUGGGAUAGAGGCUUUGACUAAGCAACUCAAAAGAGAUGAGCUGGAACAUGUUACUGUCAAGGCAAUUGAAGGACUCUGCUAUUGUUGCAGAGAAGGCAUCAAUCGUGUAAGGGUUCGUGAUUCUUCAGCAUUGGAACUAUUAUUGAAGAUUUUAUUGUCAGGAAAAUGGCUGUCUCUUGAGAAAAAGAUUGUUUUUGCAUUUGCACAGUAUUGUCACAGCGAAAAAGACUUGGAAAUUCUCCUUAAUGGAGAAUUAGUUCGUGGUCUAAUUAAUCAUCUUAACAGGAUCAUACAUCAAAUUCAAUCCAGAAGUGACUUUGAAGAUCAUGAUGAUGGUUUUACAGAUCACCAAUCAUUUACAGCAGACUUUUAUACAGAUUACUCAAUGAGGACAAACACAGUAAGAAGCUCUUUUUCUGAUGUUAGUGCAGAGGCACUGAAGGAUGAAACUUUCCUCAAGAAGCUGGAAGAAACAGCAAGGGAGGUCACCGACACUAAAGUGACAGGGCGACUUUCAAAGUUCAAAAGGAGACUCAAACUAAAGCCAUCACCCAUUCCGACUACCCCUCCUCCAGGUGUGUGUACCAUUGGACAGUCUGUGUUCAGUUUUGCUGCCAGACAGACUGAUACAACGACAUUGGUGUCAGUAUGCACCUUUUCUCGCAGUGUUUCAUCUCUUGCAUCCUCCUGGCAUGACCUUGCAACAUUGUCAACAGCAAGUUGCCCGAGAGUGUUGUCGUCACAUCAAGAUUUUUCAAAAACACAGAGAGAAUGUGAUUUAUGUGAACCAACCCUAGGUCUGACUUGUGAUGAUCCUAAUUCAAUGUGCACUGAAAAUCAAACCCAGGUGAUGCCAGGUUCCCCAGUUGGCCAAAGAAAUUUGUUGACCCCACCUCUUAGUAAUAGUAAUGUUCAAGAUGAACCUGUGUUAGUCUCUCCUCUGUCGCCAAAGGUUCAGUCAGGUCUACAUCAUCGCAGUUUUGGCCAGAGUGCUCUUACCUUACUAUUGCGUAUUGCACACAUGACCAAUCCAAGCACUCAUCUUGUUAACAAGCCUUGCAUUCAAGCUUUGCUGGAUUAUCUGCGGUUGGUGAACAAUCCUAACCCCAAGUGUGCACGUAUCCUAAAUCUUCUGGCAGAAAAUGCACUUUGUUUCAGAGAUUUAAUAGUGCAUGGAGCUGUGGUUGCCAUUCAUCACCAGUUAUGCUUCAUGAAUUGUGAAUAUCAAGAAAAUGCAUAUCCACAGAAGCUCCAUGAUCCUGAAUCAAAUGCCCAUUCAUCUGAGGAACAGAGAUUGCCAUCACCCUUCAGAAAAAGAUUUGGCAGUCAAAAUUCUGAAGACAAUGUAUUUAGACCAAAGGAUAAGAUCAACCCUAAUGCACUGUACCAGUCCAUGUCCUCAGCAACUCAAAGCCAUUGUCAGGAAAUAGGAAAACAUUUAUUAAAGAUCCUUUCAAACCAAGCACAAACCCUCUGUGGAAAGGGUGAGAUUGAAAACUUACUUCUGACAGGAUCAAAGGAAGAGCAUAAAGAAUGUGUGCUUGCUCUGCCACUCCUGUGCAGGACCACUAAACUGAGACAGCAAAUGCUUGUGGAAAGGGAAGGCUUAAAAAUGCUGUGUGAUCUUUUCAAAUCACUCUCUCCAACUGGUGAGACCUUUCCAAUUGCAGUGGAAUCUGUGAUAGUUUUGGCAAAUGAGUUACAAGUAAUAUUCCCUGGUAAUGUUACAAGGAAGAAAAGUGAAGGUAUUUCUAAAGAUCUCACUUCAUCAACCAUUGAAGAGUCAAACCCAGAUGCAUCUGAUGAUCUGCACCAAAUGAAAAAGCUGAAAAAGGAGCUCAGCAACAUCCAGGCUCUUUCCUCAAGUGAUGAGCAAGAUUGUUCCUCGUGCCUGUACCACGCAAAUUCCUUUGGUCCUCCUGAUAUUAUAUUUGUGAUGGAAAAGGGGGAUAAAGUUGUAGCACACAAGCUACUUAUCAAAUCAGCCUCUGAUGUUUUCACUGCCAUGUUGUCAGAACAUUUCUUAGAAUCAACACAGUCUGAAAUCUCUCUUCAAGACAUUUCUGAGGAUGUCUUUGAAUUUGCAUUACAUCACAUGUAUGGAUGCAAGAUCACUCCAAAUGAAGAGAUCUCUAGUGAAAUGAUUUCUUCUCAAUCAUGUUGUGAGGUGUUAAGAAAAAAAGUCAUAGAAAUUCAAGUGAAUGACAAUGAAUUACAGUUCUAUUUGGAUCUGUUAACACUUGCUGACAGGUUUUUGUUGGACAGACUGAGAACUCUUUGUGAAAAAUUUCUUGUAAAUCUUAUUGAUGCUUCCACAGUGCUGCAAAUUUACAAUUAUGGUUAUCGAAUUAAUUCUCCAAAGUUGUGUUUGCUUUGUCUCACAUACCUUCUAACCAUUAACCUCUCAAAUUUGCCAAACCAUCUGUAUUUGUUCAAAGAACUGUUCAUUAGUAACGAACGAGGACAUCUUGCAGAACAAUUGUAUGAAAUACUCCAUUCUCAUUUAAAAUGUUAACGUACAGCCAGUACUGGUACCAGGCAAUUUACCUUAGAUAAUUUAUGCACAAGAACCUCACUUAGUAAAAGUGGUAUCUCAAUCAAA